AUGGCGUCCACAGUGCUGGUGGACAUACGAGAUGAAGUGACCUGCCCUAUCUGCUUGGAGCUCCUCACAGAACCCAUGAGCCUAGACUGUGGCCAUAGCUUCUGCCAAGUCUGUAUCGAAGGGAACAGCAAGCCAUCAGAGGUCAUCCCAGACGAAGGAAACAACUGUCCCGUGUGCCGAGCCAGCUACCACCCUCCGAACCUCCGACCGAAUCGGCACCUGGCCAACAUAGUAGAGAGGCUCCGGGAGGCAGCGUCCUGCCCCGAGGCGCAGCCCAGAGCAAGUCUGUGUGCUUCCCAUGGGGAGAGACUGCAGCUCUUCUGUAAGGAGGACGGGAAGAUCAUCUGCUGGCUCUGCGAGCACUCGGUGGAGCACCGCGGCCACCACACCUUCCUCGUGGAGGAGGUGGCCCAGGAGUAUAAGGAGCUGUUCCAGGAGCAUUUGAAGAAGCUCACGAAAGAGCAGCAGGAAGCGGCGAAGCUAACAGCUGUUACUAAGGAAAAGAAGACCCGCUGGAAGAGUCAGAUGGAGACUGAGAUACACCGGGUCCAGAGACAGUUUAAGCAGCUGAGAAGUAUUCUAGACAAAGAGGAGAAGCGGGAACUCAAAAAGCUGGAGGAAGACGAGCGGAGGGGCCUGCGGCUCAUAGAGGAGACUGAGGACGAGCUGGUCCGGCAGAGCCAGGCCCUGACCGACCUCAUUGCAGAGCUGCAGCAACGGUGUCAGGGAUCAGCGCUGGAGCUGCUACAGGACAUAAAUGAUGUCACACAGAGGAGUGAGUUUUGGACCCUGAGGAAGCCAAAAGUCCUUCCUACCAAGCUGAGAAGUACGUUUCGAGCCCCAGAUCUGAAAAAGAUGCUGCGAACAUUCAGAGAUCUGACAGGUGUCCAGAACUUCUGGGUGGAUGUGACUCUGAACCCGCAGACGGCUAAUUUAAAUCUUCUUCUGUCUAAAAACCGAAGGCAGGUGAGAUUUGUGGGUACAGAUCUGCCUGGGCCUUCCUGUCUGAGAGAGCAUUAUGACUGUGGUGUCCUGGGCUCCCAGCACUUCUCCUCAGGAAGACAUUACUGGGAAGUCGAUGUGAAAGACAAGACGGACUGGAUUCUGGGCGUAUGCAGUAAUUCAGUGGAACCUACCUUCUUCUCUUCCCACCACUACACCAACCAUCAGAAUGGCAGCUCCAGCUAUCGGCCUCAAAGUGGAUACUGGGUGAUUGGCUUAAAGCACAAGCACGAAUACCGAGCCUAUGAAGACGCUUCCACUUCCCUGCUGCUUCUCAUGACCACGCCACCUCACCGAGUUGGGGUUUUCUUAGACUAUGAAGCUGGUAUUGUCUCCUUUUAUAAUGUCACAAAUCAUGGUUUUCCCAUCUAUACCUUCUCUAAGUAUUACUUUCCGACUCCCCUUUGCCCAUAUUUUAAUCCUUGUAACUGUGUGGUCCCAAUGACCCUGUGUAAACCACACUCCUGA